CGAUAACCCGCCCCCCAAGCAUCGAUAGAACGGCCGCCGCAAAAGCUCCGGUCACACUGCUCAGUGGGCUGCUGCUUCUGCUGCAGAGAAUUAUCAUUGUAUUUCGUGUGGUGAAAGGCUUUGUGCGCUGACAUUGUGCGUCCCCGGAUCAGAACUCGCUUUGAAAUAUGUCCCAGGCCUUGAACAAUCCAGGAGGCGGCAACGGAGGAGGCGGUGGCCCCCAUCGGGACUAUGGGGCGAUGGCCGAUUCCACGCCCGAAGUGAGUUUUGCGGCUGCCGGCGGUUCUUCCGGCUUCAGUCCCACGGAAUUCAUGUCCCUCAGCGAGGACAUUGGCCACAACAUCACUGCCAUCCACAGCAGCACCAAGCAGCUGGAGAAGCAGCUUAAACUGAUUGGGACACCAAAAGAGCUGCCCAAUAUGCGGGAGAAGGUGCACGCCAUCAACACCAAGUGCAAUGCCCGGGUGGAGACCACCAGUCAGGAUUUGCAGAGGCUACAGGCGGUUGUGCGGCAUGGAGAUCGCCAGCAGAAGCUGCAGCUGGAGAAGCUCACCAGGGAGUUCCACGGCGUGGUGGAGAAGUAUUCCAAUCUGCAGCGACGCAUCUCGUCGGCCAUGCGACAGACCCUUCAGCAGGCCCAGCAGUUCGCCGACCAGGAUGUGGAGGCCAACACCCGUGCUGAGCUGCUGCAGCAACAGCGCUUGGAGCAGGCCCAUCUCCAGCAGGAGCACGACAUGCUCGACGACCGGCGGCGGCAGGUCGAGCAAAUUGAGUCGGACAUCAUCGAUGUCAACCAGAUCAUGACCAAGCUGAGUGGACUGGUGCACGAUCAGGGGCAGCAGAUGGACUUCAUCGAGAACAGUAUUGAGCAGACGGCCGCCAACGUGGAGGAUGGCACCUCGGAACUGGCCAAGGCGGCCAGGAGUCGCCAGAGCUACCGGCGCAAGAUCUUGAUACUCCUGGUGAUCGCUGUGAUAAUAGGUUUAAUCGUAACUGGCGUUAUCGUUGCCAAACUGAACAGUUAAUUGUUUUAUUUGUACGCCCACAUUCAAACACACGCAAACAUACACAACCCACACCCACACACGCAUAGAUUUUUGUAAAACGAUUUUUAUAAGAAACAAAAUAUUCGAUCGUUGAUAACUCUGUUUAAUCACCAAGUGAGCAAAGACAACAAGAUGUAGAGGAAAAGCUAAAGCAAAAAAUAAACAAAUACCAUAUUUAUAAUUAUAUAUAUAUAUAUACAUAAGUAAAUAAGGAUACUGAAUCCCACUUAACUUGCAUAUAAACAAUAUUCAGCGCUUUUAAAUGUUAAUUAUUUCUUGUUGAAAACGAUUAUCGCGAGCAAUUUAAGUUUUGCAUUGAAAUUUGUAGAAUUUUUGUGUUUAGUUUCAAGCAAGCGUAAGGGGGAUUGCCGAAGCCGAAUGCGGUUUCAGUAAUCCCUUUUGAUAUAUGUUACAAGUUAUAAAUAAGUGAGCCAGCAAUCGAAAAUAAAGUAAAUCGAACAAGCCAA